AUGGGGAUUGGCAAGUGGAUCCUGCGGCGGUCGGCGAGGCUGGUAGGCACCGCAGCGGUGUCCCUCAUGUGGAGGCGAGUGUCUUUCGCCAAGCGGGCCGUCAUGCUGGGAUCCACGGCCCUCUGGUCCGCCAAAAGACUGAAUCAGAUACAAGUCCCUGCCAAUGGCACAUGUCCUCCUUUCAACGAGGAUGAGAUCGACCCUGUCACCCUCAUGCCCAAGGAGGGGUACCGUCUCGUCUUUGAAUCGGAAUCUGAAGAAGGGUCCAAUCGCAUAUACACCUGCCUCCCGGACCUCACUGUGUCCUACACCCCCUUCACGGCCAACGUAUUGUUCGGUGGCAGCGAGUACGAUGCAGCAUGGGAUGUGCCGUACCUGCAGUACAUUGUGCGGAGCAGGACGGAGGGCGGUGUUCCCCCUGCCAGCUGCACGGAGCCUGGCAAGGAGGUCCUGGUCCCCUUCAGAAGCCACUACUCCUUCUACUCCUGCGACUGA